UGUCACUCAAACGUGUACUGUGGCAAGGCAGACGGCACUUGGAAGGGAAAGACUACGUCGUUGAAAAGAAACUAUUCAUGAGCUGAGGAAAGAAUUGUUAAGGCUCAAAGGACAGUUCUGUAUUGGUUUGUUAGGGCAUCGAGAAGACCACUUGUUUGUCUGUUUAGCUGCUGCAGUGUCGAGCUUUGGACCGACCAGGCCACUUACUUCUAGUUGAAAAUAGACCAGGGAAAAGGCGUACUGUACUGUAGGUCAUCAUGGCCCAGUGGAAUCAGUUGCAGCAGCUGGAGACGCGCUACCUGGAGCAGCUGUACCACCUGUACAGUGACAGCUUCCCCAUGGAGCUGCGCCAGUUCCUCGCCCCCUGGAUCGAGAGCCAGGAUUGGGCGUACGCUGCCAACAAGGAGUCCCACGCCACGCUGGUCUUCCACAACCUGCUGGGGGAGAUCGACCAGCAGUACAGCCGCUUCCUGCAGGAGAACAACGUGCUGUACCAGCACAACCUGCGGCGCAUCAAGCAGCACCUGCAGAGCAAGUACCUGGAGAAGCCCAUGGAGAUCGCACGCAUCGUGGCCCGCUGCCUCUGGGAAGAGCAGAGGCUGCUGCAGACAGCCACCACCGCACAGCAGGAUGGACAGGCAGCCCACCCCACGGGCACCGUGGUGACAGAGAAGCAGCAGAUCCUGGAGCACAACCUGCGCGACAUCAGGAAGAGGGUGCAGGACAUGGAGCAGAAGAUGAAGAUGCUGGAGAACCUGCAGGACGACUUUGACUUCAAUUACAAGACAUUAAAGAGUGCAGGAGAACUGUCCCAGGACCUGAAUGGGAACAGCCAGGCAGCAGCCACCAGACAAAAGAUGGCCCAGCUGGAGCAGAUGCUGAGUGCCCUGGACCAGCUCAGGAGGCAAAUCGUGACAGAGAUGGCAGCACUGCUGUCGGCGAUGGACUUUGUCCAGAAGAACCUGACGGACGAGGAGCUCGCCGACUGGAAGAGGAGGCAGCAGAUCGCCUGCAUCGGAGGACCCCCCAACAUAUGCCUCGACCGCCUGGAGACAUGGUUCACCUCCCUGGCCGAGUCCCAGCUGCAGAUUCGUCAGCAGAUCCGUAAGCUGGAGGAGCUCCAGCAGAAGGUGUCCUACAAGGGUGACCCCAUCAUCCAGCACAGGCCCGCCCUGGAGGAGAAGAUCGUGGACCUCUUCAGGAACCUCAUGAAGAGUGCGUUUGUGGUGGAGAGACAGCCCUGCAUGCCCAUGCACCCUGACAGACCACUGGUCAUCAAGACAGGCGUCCAGUUCACCAACAAAGUCAGGUUAUUGGUGAAAUUCUCAGAGCUGAAUUACCAACUAAAGAUCAAAGUCUGCAUCGACAAGGAAUCUGGAGAUGCCAUUCGAGGGUCACGUAAAUUCAACAUCCUGGGCACAAACACCAAGGUGAUGAACAUGGAGGAGUCCAACAACGGCAGCCUCUCGGCAGAGUUCAAACACCUGACCCUUCGGGAGCAGAGGUGUGGUAAUGGAGGAAGGACCAACAGUGACGCCUCUCUGAUCGUCACAGAGGAGCUUCAUUUGAUCACCUUUGAGACCGAGGUCUACCACCAGGGCCUCAAGAUUGACCUGGAGACUCACUCUUUGCCUGUGGUGGUGAUCAGUAACAUCUGCCAGAUGCCCAAUGCCUGGGCCUCCAUCCUGUGGUACAACAUGCUGACCAACCACCCCAAGAAUGUGAACUUCUUCACCAAGCCCCCGGUGGCCACCUGGGACCAGGUGGCUGAGAUACUCAGCUGGCAGUUCUCCUCCACCACCAAGAGAGGCCUGACCAUCGAACAGCUCACCACACUCGCAGAGAAGCUGCUAGGUCCCUGCGUAAAUUAUUCUGGAUGCCAGAUCACAUGGGCCAAGUUCUGCAAGGAGAACAUGGCGGGGAAAGGCUUUUCCUUCUGGGUGUGGCUGGACAACAUCAUUGACCUGGUCAAGAAGUACAUCCUGGCACUCUGGAACGAGGGGUACAUCAUGGGCUUCAUCAGUAAGGACCGUGAGAGGGCCAUCCUGAGCCCCAAGCCGCCCGGCACCUUCCUCCUGCGCUUCAGCGAGAGCAGCAAGGAGGGUGGCAUCACCUUCACCUGGGUGGAGAAGGACAUCAGCGGCAAGACCCAGAUCCAGUCUGUGGAGCCCUACACCAAGCAGCAGCUGAGCAGCAUGUCGUUUGCUGAGAUCAUCAUGGGCUACAAGAUCAUGGAUGCCACCAACAUCCUGGUCUCGCCGCUGGUCUACCUCUUCCCCGACAUCCCCAAGGAGGACGCCUUUGGCAAAUACUGCAGGCCAGAGGCGCAGCCCGAGCCCGAGCUCACCGACGGAUGCACCAUCCAGCCAUACCUCAAAACCAAGUUCAUCUGUGUUACCCCGUCCCCAUCGGUCUUCAUGGACUUUCCGGACAGUGAGCUGCUAGCAAACGGCUUCUCUGGCACUAACUCUGGCAACACGAGCGACCUGUUCCCCAUGUCACCGCGAACCCUCGACUCCCUCAUGCAUAACGAGGCUGCAGAUGCCACCCCAGCACACCUCGAAUCCCUCACCACCCUGGACAUGACAGAGGAUAUGACAUCAUAGUCUACGUUGGAGAUGUGUAUUAUGCCGAUACAACAAGACAACAUCACUUAAUCAGAUGUUUUGUUUUUAUUUUGUUGAUUUUCUCAAUUUUUUAAAAGAAAUUGAAAAACAUAAUAGGCUGUACAUAGUAAGCUUGUAAUGAUGGGUGCUGUGACUUGUUGCUAUUGGCCACAAGUCAGUUUCCGGCGGUUUCCAUGGAGUUUAUGGCCAGCCCUUUCAUCCAUGAUGUGUCAAAAGGAGCCAUGUUGGCUCUAGCGGUUUUGAAGUUAAAGACAUGCAACACAACGCAAACAAACAAGAGUUUUAGCAUCUUUUUGAGUUCUGCUGCUCGGUGCUCACAGCAGUUUAAAGAAUGACUCGAAAACACUGUUUGUAAUUUUAUUUUCUUGUGUGUGUUUUACAAAUUUGAAUGGUUAGCAUAACCCCCCUGAACUGGCAAGCCAUUGUGAUGAAAUGUCUAGGAGAGAAAAAAAAAGUCUAUAUAGUUUUUUUUUCCUGUCAGUGUUUUGUCUGUCUUCUGGCCUUUUUUAAAUGAUUAUAUUUUUUCGUAUAGCAGAAAGCAAUGUAAGCUAGCUCUGUGUAAAGACUUAUAGUAAGGGAAAGCUGUACCCCUAUAUUAACCUGAACUGUUUUCUAGAGUUUCUCUGCCCGUCUGUCCGUCUGUCUCUCUUCUCUCUCUCUUUUCUUACUCUUCAUACACUCUCUUUCUUUCUCCGGAGUGUUCUACUGUAUGCCUCGUAAUAUUUUUAUCCUCUUGGUGCUUUGUUCUCCUUCCCCCUUCCUAGGGGCCCUUUGGGGAUUUGAAAACAUCCCAUCCCUUCCCCUGACCCCUGUCCCUCGUCCCGAUUCACCUCUCUCUCUCUCUCUCUCUCUCUCUCUCUCUCUCUCUCUCUCUCUCUCUCUCUCUCUCUCUCUCUCUCUCUCUCUCUGCCCCCCUCUCUCUCUGCCUCUCUGCCUCUCUUUCUCGACAGAGUUUGUAGACUCUUCUGCCUUGAGACACUUUUUCUUCAUGUUAUUCCACAUGAUGUUAUUAAAAUAAAUAUUAAAUAUAUAUUAUAUAUUUUUUGUUUUCUUUUGCUUGCUGCCUGUCGGGGAUCAGCUGGGGUUAGGCAGCAGACUUCCCCAGCGUCAGGGCUGGAUGUCCUAAAAGCAUCCCAAGAUCCACCCCAACCAGUGUUGCCAGAUGAGACUGAUGAUUUCCAGUCCAAAAAAUGUUCAAAACCCGCCUGGAAGCACUAAAUCCCGCCCAAUUCUAUUGAUGUUUAUGGGAAAGAUUGGGCGAGUUUUCCUGCAAAAUGCCAUUUUUACCCGCAGACGGCCAUCCCAAGAAGCCCAAUUAACAGCCUAAUCUGGCAACACUGAGCCCAACCCCACCUCAUACCACUUGAGCCCACCCCACCUCACCUCACCUCACCUCACCUCUCCUCGCCCGAUCCCUCACCUCGAACAGCCUGCAGGUGCCCACCUGUCACACUCCGAGCAGAGGAGGAGGAAAAGAUGAAGGCCAAAUUUAAAAUUAGAUGAAAGAAAGACGGGUUAAAAAAAAAAAAAACAGGCAGUGGCUGCCGACAAAGUCAUUUGUGGGAUAUUUUUUUCUAUUCACUGUGCUGCAGGGAAUGGAUCGCACUCAAUUUUUCUUCUUUCUUGUGGUUUUUAUUUUAUUUUAACUUUGCAGGGACUGACAUGACAGACGUUUCGGCUGCACAGAGCCUUCUUCAGUGUCACCUGUGCUGCCAAAUGAGAAAAAGGUCAUCUCAUUGCUAUUCUGCCUUUCACAAGGUGUCAUCAGCCAUUGCUCUGCCGUUUAUCUGACUGCAUCAGGCCCCCAUUCCUGCACCUCAUCCCUUGGCGGUCGCUUCACUGGAAAAGGUUGCCACUGGGGGAGCGGGGAUGGGGGUUGUGGGAGGGGUUUCGAUAUAAGGGGACGGGGGAUCGAGGUAGGGAGAGUUAGCAAAGGAGCCUUGAUUUGCGUUUGAGAUUCAUAAUCAAGUAGGUAGCAGGCUUCACUCAGGUUUCUUGAUAACUUUUAAGGGUGCUGUCCCAAAUUGAUACAAGGGCGCACCUUGCAUCAAUUUUUUUCUUUUUUCUUUAUUUUUUGUGCACAGACGCGUUUCGGCGUGUGCCUUCCUCCGUGUGCAACGUUUUCGUUUUCGUUUUGAGAUUCAUAGCCUGACAUUUUGGAAGUGUUAAAGCUUCUCCACACCACCCCACCCCACCCCACCCCACCCCACUCUAUCCCCUACCCAUCUCCUCCCUUAAUGAGAAGGCUUUUGGAUUGGGAUUUCCUGACCUGGGGUUAAGCAGCAGAUGGUCCUAAUUGGGGUAGUGUGACCCCCAACCCCAUCUAAAAACAAAUUCUAAAGCUCACUACCAAAACGGCUGCCAAGAUAUCCAUUCAUCAUUACCGUACCAUUAACUACCCUGUUUUGGGGAUUUCUUCCAUUUCUUUGAUUUUCAUUUUCUCCCAAUUCUCUGCUUAAUGUGUUAUAAUGUUUUAUAAAAUAAAAAACAAUGUAGUGUAUGUAGUGUGGUCCACACACCUGUACUAUAUGUCUGUCUGUUUGAAACAGGGCCUAUUGGUGAAUCCUGCUCGUGUCCAUCUGCACACCCUGUAAAUAGUGUUGCAGAUCAUUUCAUUAAAGUGAUGAGGUAGCCCACGAA